CCACAGUUCAAAAAUACACCUACCAGCCGCUCCAAAGCUCACUGAUGAACAUUUUGUACUUUUUUGUUUUAAUCUGUACACAAAAGGAAAUAAAAAACAACAACAUUUGUUUCUUCAGUAGGCCUGACUGUUAUAACACAAAGAGCCAAACCCAGGAAAACAAAAAUCAUGCCCUCAUGCUCACCCCCUGUUUUUAAGUACGUUAUUAAAUAUGAAUCACUGAUUUAGUUUAGACAAACCAGCAGUAAACAGGAAUAAUCAGUCAGCUUCAUCUGGAGCAGCAGGAUUUUACACAUCAGUCAUUCAACACUGAAUGAAAGAGGGCAUUCAUCAGAGUCUGAAAAGUAGUCCAGAAUCACCUCCCUCCCUGACGAGCUGCAUUCUCUGCAGAUCAGCAGGUGAAGCUGAACAGAAGAAACAGUGUUCAGGUUUGGAUUGGAGCUGAGCUUUUAUCUGUUGUGAGGAAGUGAAACUCUCAGACGUUCACCGUCUCUGAGAAGUGAAAAUGGCUCAGCGAGGAGUUCAGCCGGACAAAGAGAAGUUCUGCUGUCCGAUCUGUCUGGAUCUACUGAAGGAGCUGAUUAUUCCCUGUGGGCACAGCUACUGCAUGAGCUGUAUUAAAAAACACUGGGAUGAAGAGGAGCAGAAGAAAAUUCGCAGCUGUCCUCAGUGCAGAAAGGGCUUCAUACCGAGGCCUGUCCUGGUGAAAAACACCAUGUUAGCAGAGGUAGUGGAGCAUCUGAAGAAGACUGGACUCCAAGCUGCUCCUCGUCAUCACUGCAACACCGGACCUGGAGAUGUGUCCUGUGAUGUCUGCACUGGGAGGAAGCUGAAAGCCACCAAGUCCUGUCUGCAGUGUCUGGCCUCUUACUGUGAGCUCCACCUCCAGCCUCAUUAUGAAUCCCCGACUUUUCAAAAACACAAGCUGGUCGAAGCCUCAGCAAAGCUCCAGGAGAACAUGUGCUCUCGUCACCAUGAGGUGAUGAAGAUGUUCUGUCGCACCGAUCAGCAGGGUAUCUGUUAUCUCUGCUCUGUGGAUGAACAUAAAGGCCACGACACAGUCUCAGCUGCAGCAGAGAGGACUGAGAAGCAGAGAGAGCUCCGGGCGAGUCGGCAAAACAUCCAGCAGAGAAUCCAGGACAGAGAGAAAGACGUGAAGCUGCUUCAGCAGGAGGUGGAGGUCAUCAAUCGCUCUGCUGAUAAAGCAGAGAGGGACAGCGAGACGGUCUUCACCCAGCUGGUCCGACUCAUCGAGAAAAGAAGCUCCGAAGUGAAGCAGCAGCUCAGAUCCCAGCAGGAAACUGAAGUGAGUCGGGCCAAAGAGCUUCAGGAGAAGCUGGAGCAGGAGAUCACUGAGCUGAGGAGGAAAGACUCUGAGCUGGAGCAGCUCUCACACAUAGAGGAUCACAGCAGGUUUCUACAGAGUUACCCCUCGCUGUCACGACUAGUGAGCCUACAGACUCACCCAGCAUCAAUAUCCGUCCUCUCAGGUACUUUGAGGAUGUGACGGCGGCUGUGUCAGAGGUCCGAGAUAAACUACAGGACAUUCUUACUGAGGAAUGGACCGAGAUCUCACGGACAGAGACUGAAGUUCGUGUUUUAAUGACACCAGCAGAGCCCGAGACC